AUCGGAGGCCUGGUUCCAACAUGGCGGCCUCCAUGGGUCGCUGGCUUCUCUUCCUCCUUGCGCUUCUUGGCUUCCUCCGGGAGGCGACCAGCGGCCUCGACUCGGGGGCCUCCCGCGACGACGACUUGCUGCUGCCAUACUCCCGCGCGCGCGCGCGCUCUGCCCGGGACUGCUCAAGGGUGCGCGCCGGCAGCCGCGAGCACGAGAUCUGGCCACCUACCACGGCGACCCCCGGCACCCGCGGCCCGGCGGUGCGCACCUUCGUUUCGCACUUCGCGGACCGCGCGGUGCCUGGCCAUCUGACGCGUGUGGCAGAGCCCCUGCGCACCUUCUCGGUCCUGGAGCCCGGUGGGUCCGGCGGCUGCGUGUCGAGGCGCCGCGCCACCGUGGAGGAUACGGCGCGGGCGGCCGGCUGCAGGGUCGCCCAGAACGGCGGCUUCUUCCGCAUGGACACGGGCGAGUGCCUGGGGAACGUGGUGAGCGACGGGCGCCGGGUGAGCAGCGCCGGUGGGCUGCAGAACGCGCAGUUCGGGAUCCGCCGCGACGGGACCCUGGUCACCGGGUACCUGUCUGAAGAGGAGGUGCUGGACACCGAAAAUCCAUUUGUGCAGCUGCUUAGUGGGGUCGUGUGGCUCAUCCGCAAUGGAAGUGUGUACAUCAACGAAAGCCAGGCGGCUGAGUGUGAUGAGACACAGGAAACAGGUUCCUUUAGCAAAUUUGUGAACGUGAUGUCAGCCAGGACAGCUGUGGGACAUGACCGGAAAGGGCAGCUGGUGCUCUUCCACGUAGACGGGCAGACGGAGCAGCGGGGCAUUAACCUGUGGGAGAUGGCAGAGUUCUUGCUGAAACAGGAUGUGGUCAACGCCAUCAACCUGGAUGGAGGGGGCUCCGCCACCUUCGUGCUCAACGGGACCUUGGCCAGUUACCCAUCAGAUCACUGCCAGGACAACAUGUGGCGCUGUCCACGUCGUGUGUCUACUGUGGUAUGUGUGCACGAGCCCCGCUGCCAGCCGCCUGACUGCAGCGGCCACGGGACCUGUGUGGAGGGGCGCUGCCAGUGCAUGGGGCGCUUCUGGCAGGGCGCGGCCUGCAACAAGCUGGACUGUGGCCCCUCCAACUGCAGCCAGCACGGGCUUUGCACAGAGAAUGGCUGCCUCUGUGAAGCUGGAUGGACGGGGUCUAGCUGUGGUGAAGCUUGCAGCAACGGGUCCUUUGGGGAGGCCUGUGCCAUGAAGUGCCGGUGUCAGAAUGGAGCUGCCUGUGACCCGGUCCGAGGGACCUGCACCUGUCCUCCUGGCUUCACCGGAGACACCUGUGAGCAGGAGUGUCCCCUCGGCUGGCACGGGCCAGGCUGCCAGAGGCCUUGCGAUUGUGAGCACCAGUGUCCCUGUGACCCCCAGACUGGCAACUGCAGCCUGGCCCAGGCACCAGCCCUUAACAGCAUCCUCUCCCAAGGUAUGCAGUGUCUCCAGCCGUCCAAGACCACCCUAAGAACAGGAGAACUGUCCCUUCUCACCGGGACCACCUGGCUAGCCCUCACCCUGGCCCUAGUUUUCCUUCUGCUGAUCAGCACAGUGGUGAACGUGUCCUUGCUCCUUGGCUCAAGAGCAGAACGGAGCCGGCACCUGGAUGGGGCCUACGUUUACCACCCACUGCAGGAGAUGAAUGGGGAGCUCCUGGCCACGGAGAAGGAACAGCCAGGUGAUGCCCACAACCCCUUUAAGGACUGAAGCCUCCAGCCUCCUCUGAAGGCUCGUUUCAACACGGUCUGAUUUCUGCAAGGGAAAUUUCAAGGCCGCUGAUCAUCUGGGUGAUCUCAGUCCCGGUGCCAAGCCAAGCUUCUGACAGCACCUGUGCCUCAGCCUUUCACCUGGCCCCGGGCCCUCACCUGGUCGCUUGCCGUGACACAUGCAACCCUAGCAAUACCGUGCUCCCCAGAGAGAGACUGUGUCCUUCCCUGCCUGCCUGUGUCUGCUGCCUGU